AAAUUUGAUUCAAUAUUUCUACUUUCACACGUCUUUAUGACUAAAGGAACAGUUUUGCUUCUGAAAGAUAAAGCUUCACUUGAGCAAGACAAAACUGACCAAAGUACAACUUAUGACAUAAGUGAUAGUAAACAAAUUCCAGACGAGUACGAAACCAAAUUAGCGUCGCUUUCAUAUACCAGUAUAUUCUUACCAGUAUUAUCACCCGUUUUUGUAAAUAUAGAAGAAUUAUCAAAAAUAUUAAAAAAUGGGCCCGAAAAAAAGUAUUGGGGAAUUGUAGUGACUAGUCAAAAAGCCGUUAAAGGGCUAAAGCUUGCUUGGAACGACGCAUUCAACGAUGUAACAGAAGUAGAUUCUUUAAGCAAAGAAAAAGCAUCCUGGAAAAAUUUACCAUUUUUUGUGGUAGGAAAAGCAACAUCAAAAGUAGCAGAUGACUUGAAAUUCAAUACAUUGGGACUAAAUUCUGGCAAUGCGGAAUCUCUUGCAGAAUACAUUAUUCAAUUUCAUAGUCAGCAUAAUACACAGAAUUUUCAUCAAAACGAAUUACCCCUCUUAUUUCUAACGGGUGAUAAACGUCUCGAUAAACUUCCAACACGAUUAUCACAAGCUGGAAUAAAACUGGAAGAAUUAUUAGUCUAUGAAACAAAACCUGAUGAAAACUUUUCCAUAGAAUUGGAGAAUAUUGUCAAAAAAGAUAAACAAAUUGAUUGGAUUGUAUUCUUUAGUCCAAGUGGUGUAGAUGUUGCAUUGAAAAAUUUAAUGAAAUUGGAUUUAUGGAAAACCGUAAAGAUUGCAAGUAUUGGAAAAACUACAGGAAGUUAUCUUGAGAAAUGUGGUAUAAAGGCUCAUGUAAUAUCGCCAAAACCAGAAUCCGAAAGCUUGGCAU